AUGCUAUCCAUUUUCAGAAGAAGAUUCAGUCUGUAUGCAAAUACCUUCGCUAAGUCCAUAGAAGAGCCAGAAGAGUUCUGGAAAGAGGCCGCACAAGGUAUAGCGUGGGACAAGCCUUUCAGCAAGGUCUUGUGCUCCUCUCGCGCUCCAAUUUAUAAAUGAUUCCCAGAUGGGAAGCUUAAUAUGUGCUAUAACUGUCUCGAUAGGCACGUGUUGGCAGGGGAUGGGAAGAACUGGGGAAUCAUUUAUGAUAGUCCUAUGACAAACCGUGUCAUGCACUAUACCUAUGAGGAACUGCUUGAAGAAGUCCAAAAGUUGGCAGGCGCCAUGGCAUUCAAGCAUAAUGUCAAAGUAGGUGACCGAGUUGUUAUAUAUAUGCCACUUGUACCUGAAGCUAUUAUCGCAAUGCUUGCAUGUGCAAGAAUAGGCGCAAUCCAUUCUGUUGUUUUUGGAGGAUUUUCGGCAAAAGAAUUAGCAAACAGAAUUGUUGACAGUAAAGCGAAAUUAAUUAUUACAGCAAAUGCAGGAUUAGAGCCUAAUAAGAUUAUUCCGUUCGAGCCGAUUGUAAAUGAAGCCACUGCUUUAGCAGAAGCCAGGCUUCCAGGUGCUGAACAUAUCCAGAGAAUUGUAUUAAAUCGACAUUUAAAUGUAAAAUUCAAACUUCAGCCAAAUAGAGAUCAUGAUUUCUAUGAAGAAUUGAUGAACUCAAGACCUUUCACUUCUGUAAUUAGCGUUUCUUCGAGCCAUCCUUUGUAUAUUUUAUAUACAUCAGGAACAACUGGAGCUCCAAAAGGUGUUGUAAGGGACACCGGCGGAUAUGCUGUAGCGUUAGAUAAUGCUAUGAAAUGGGUUUAUGGAAUUGAUAAAGGUGAUGUAUUUUGGGCAGCGAGCGAUAUUGGAUGGGUUGUUGGCCAUACUUGUAUUGUAUAUGGACCUUUGCUAAAAGGUGCUACUUCAGUAUUGUACGAAGGGAAGCCAGUUGGAACUCCAGACGCUGGAGCUUGGUGGAGAGUUAUUCAACAGCAUGAGGUUAAAAGCUUGUUUGUAGCUCCAACAGGAGUGAGAGUUGGGUCUAGCGAAAUAUAUCAAAAAAUCACGAAUUUUUUAAUAUCAAAUAAAUUGUAAAAAAAUCUAAAAGUUUAAAUAUAAUUGCUCAUCCCUGAGAGCUAUCAAAAAAGAAGAUCCAUUAGGAAAAUUGAUGAGGAGAUAUAAUUUAGACACGCUCAAACACUUUGGAGUAGCUGGUGAAAGAUGUGAUCCUGAUACUGUCAAUUGGUUGCAGGAGCAUCUACCCAAAAAUACAUUAAUAAACGAUCAUUGGUGGCAAACAGAAUCUGGAUGGCCGAUGAUAGGAAAUUUCAUGGGUCUUGAUAGAUUCGAUACAAAACCAGGAAGUGCUACCAAACCUGCCCCAGGAUGGGACAUGCAUAUAAUAAAAGAUGACUUAACCGAAGCCGCACCUGACGAGCAUGGGAAAAUAUGUGCAAAAUUGCCAACACCUCCAGGCUUUAUGCUUUCUUUAUGGGAAAGCGAUGAGGCUUUUGUUAAAAAGUACAUGUCAGAAAUCCCUGGAUAUUACUUAUCAGGGGAUGAAGGAUAUAAAGAUCAAGACGGUUAUUUCAACAUUAUGGGAAGAAUUGAUGACGUUAUUAAUAUUGCAGGGCAUAGAUUUAGCACUGGAGCCUAUGAAGAAUGUAUUUGUUUCCAUCCAAAUGUGGCAGAAUGUGCUGUUAUUGGAGUUUAUGAUGAUAUUAAAGGAGAAAUCCCUGUUGCAUUUGUUGUUCCUAAGACUGGGUCUGAGAUAUCAGAGGCUGACUUAACUCAUCAAAUUAUAAAGAAAAUAAGAGAAGAUAUCGGAGCUGUAGCAAGCUUGAAAACUUGCAUAAUAGUAAAAAGACUUCCGAAGACAAGAAGCGGGAAAAUCCCGAGGGUUCUUUUGAGGAAGAUAGCGAAUGGAGAAACCUAUGCAGCGCCAGCAACUCUUGAAAACUUGGAUGUUUUGGAUGAAAUGAAGGUUGCUUUGGAAGAGCAUGGUUAUCCAAGAAAAGAUUUAAAACCGAAAGUUUAA